AUGCUGCCACCACAUCGAAGGACACCAGACCACCUCAUCAUGCCUGAGGACUGCGAGGCAGCUCCAGCCUCUGGCCAAGAAUGCAAUCCAGCUCCGCCUUCUACGAGCAAGCUCUCGCAGCCCUGCAUCGAACCCACCGCACACUAUGACCUGGUCAUCAUCGGUGCAGGUCCCGCCGCGCUCGCCGUCAUCUCGCGCAUCCUCGAAACCCGCCCAGCAGCUCUCUACACCGAAGACGAGCACCGCCAUCUGCACUUCACCCAUCGACAACGCGCACCCCUUCUCAUCCCUUCAAGGCUAUCCAAGACCUCCAAGGUCCGACCUACCAAAGUGACUCCCAGCGAGGGGUGCGCGUGCGGUGGCCGAAUCAAGAUCCUCAUCAUCGACAAGUUGGGCGAAGGCUUCCUGGGUCUGUGGCGGCGAAACUUCCGGGCGCUGCGAAUCAGCCAUCUUCGCUCACCCAUGUUCUUUCAUCCAGACGCGAGCGAUUUUGACAGCCUCAUCGCGUACGCUAACCAGCAGGGGAGGGCAGGUGAGGGGAGCCCAGAUCAAGUCGUGGACGCCAUUGAAACGGCGCUUUCUCCGGAAGCGUCGACGCGUUGUAGAAGACGGGCCCGCAGUAAGCGUUCGCCCUCACCCAACCCAGAGAGAGGAGAGGGGGAACUGCCAGAUUUGAUCGAGAUCCUCGGCGUGGUCGGCAAAGAAAAGUCCAAACACAGGCGUAAGCAACAGCAACAAGGCGCAUUGGAGGGAGCAAAGGUCCACGUCAACGAACGCGAUCGUCGCGAUUACUUUACGCCCAGCUCGACGCUGUUUGAGGAGUUCACGAGACAAUUGGAGCACAAGUAUCGGGUGCAAUCGGGGGACGGGUGCGGCGAGAGUACUUGGCCAAGCGUGUCCAAGCUCUUCGAGGACGCGGAAGAUGGCACAAGCACAGCGGCCUCCUCGGAGACUUUGGUGGAGGGAAGCGCAUCGACGGAUAGCAAUCCUUUGACGACCGUGAAAGGCGUCGUAAAGGACCUCGUCUGGUUCGAUGGAUCUGAUCGGACGGUGCAAGAUGACCUCGGCAACCACAGUCCCGGCUUCCUGCUCGAGCUGGCUGACAGUUCGGCUCAAACAGCCAAGUCCACCACAGUCAUCUCGGCCAAAGCCGUGGUCAGCGCCGUCGGCUUUGGUGGAGUGCCGACGAUCCCGUCCUACCUCACUCCACCCGUCCCUCAACCUCCCUCGUGCGGUCCCGGCUGGAUGCAUUCCAGCUGUCUCGCGUGGCAGCCCCUCCCACCUCCUUCAACGUCCGAUGCGCACCUCGUGGUGGUGGGCGGAGGCCUCACCUCGGCCCAGAUCGUCGUCCUCGCCCUCACCACCGGCUACGCACACGUCACCCUACUCACCCGCGGCCACCUGAAAAGCAAACCCUUCGACGUAGACCUCGGCUGGGUCGGUCGCUACAGCAACUAUCUCAAGAUGCAAUUCUACCAGACGGACGAUGUCGCGGAGCGGCUGCACAUGCUGCGUGCCGCACGAAAUGGCGGCAGCGUCACACCUACCUAUGCGAAGGUCCUCUCGCGAUUGCAGGCAGCUGGCAAGGUCGAGAUCCGGACGCACACCUCUAUCGCCCGCGCCGAGUUUGAGGGGAAGUGGGAGCUGGGGUUGAGGACAAGUGCGGACGGCGGGAGGGAAGACACCGUACAGGCCGACUACCUAGUCGUUGCAACUGGUGCGAAGAUCGACUUUGCAGGUCUGCCCUUCUUGCAAGGUCUGAGGAGGACCCAUCCGGUGUCGACGGUGGGCGGACUGCCAGUGCUGACGGCGGAUCUGGAGUAUAGGCGCGACGUACCGCUGUUCGUAACGGGCGCAUAUGCCGGGUUGCAGAUCGGUCCGGCGGCGGGGAAUUUGGGCGGGAUGAGAGAUUCCGCUGAUCGAAUUGCGAACAGGUUGUUGGAGCUGCUGGCGUUGCCAGAGAAGGAAGAAAGGAAGGUGAGAGAGGCUUCAGAGACGACGGCGGGGGAAGCAGCCCCAGCGAACUCGAACAAAGGACGGCCGAAAAAGGAGAAGCACUUCACGCACUUCAACUUCGAUCUGCUGUCGGUCGAGGCCUAA